AUGGCCAACCCCACGGGCGCGGGCGUCGGCCGGCCGCUCGUCGACAAGUACGGCGCGAUGGUCAAGGCCGGCGCCAAGGCCUUCCUCGUCGAGGAGUACAAGUGGCUCUUCGUCUUCGUCGUCGUCCUCGGCCUCAUCCUCCUCCUCCUCUUCACCAUCGAGGAGCAGACGACCAAGUCCGACGGCGUGCGCACGGCGUUCGCGUUCUUCCUGGGCGCGGCGCUGUCCGCGUCCGCGGGCUGGCUCGGCAUGAUGGUCGCCACGGACGGCAACACGCGCACGACGGCGGCCUGCGCGGGCAAGGAGGUCGUCGACGCCAAGACGGGCGAGGUCACGGGCACGGGCACGCUCAACGACGGCUUGCGCGUCGCGUUCACGGCCGGCGCGGUCAUGGGCUUCGUCGUCGUCGGCCUGGGGCUGCUGGGCGUCGGGUCGGCGUUCCUCGUCGUCGCCGUCAACUACUCCAAGGCCGAGGCGCUCCAGGUGCUCGCGGGCUUCGGCUUCGGCGCGUCGAGCAUCGCGCUCUUCGCGCGCGUCGCCGGCGGCAUCUACACCAAGGCCGCGGACGUCGGCGCGGACCUCGUGGGCAAGGUCGAGGCGGGCAUCGACGAGGACGACCCGCACAACCCCGCCGUCAUCGCGGACAACGUCGGCGACAACGUCGGCGACGUCGCGGGCAUGGGCGCGGACCUCUUCGAAUCCUACGUCGGCUCGAUCAUCGCGGCCGCGACGCUCGCGCCGCGCGACUGCGAGGUCGCGCUGCCCUUCUGGCUCGCCGGCGCGGGCGUGCUCGCGUCGCUCAUCGGCACCUUCGCCGUGUCGACGAAGGAGAAGGGCGAGGGCUGGAACUCGAAUCUAGGCGCGCUCAUGUGGGCGCUCGAGAAGGGCACGUUCCUCGCGGGCGCGACGUUCCUCGGCCUCGCGGCGGCGUGCUGCCACUACCUCGGCGGGCUGUGGGGGUCCUACCUCUGCGUCAUCAUCGGCCUGGCGACGGGCGUCGUCAUCGGCAAGCUCACGGAGUACUUCACGUCCUUCGACUUCGCGCCGGUCCAGUCGAUCAAGGCGCGCGGGUCCACGGGCCCGGCGACGGUGGUCAUCCAGGGCCUGGGCGUGGGCAUGCUCUCCUGCGUGCCGACGAUUUUUGUGCUGGUCGCGGCGAUCCUGGGCUGCGCGGCCAUCAAGGGCGAGUACGGCAUCGCGAUCGCCGCCGUCGGCAUGCUCGCGACGCUCGGCAUCACGCUCGCGACGGACGCGUACGGCCCCGUGGCGGACAACGCGGGCGGCCUCGCGGAGAUGGACCCGGCGAUCCCCGACAGCGUGCGCCAGAUCACGGACUCGCUCGACGCGCUCGGCAACACGACGGCCGCGACGGGCAAGGGCUUCGCGAUCGGCUCCGCGGUGCUCACGUCGCUGUCGCUCCUCGCGGCCUUCAAGAACCAGGCGGGUUUGGACGACGCCCAGCUCGCGGUGACGGACCCCUACGUGCUCUCCGGCGCGCUCUUCGGGGCCAUGCUGCCCUACAUGUUCGCCGCGCUGACGAUGAUCUCCGUCGGCAAGGCGGCCGCGGAGAUCAUCUGCGAGGUCCGCGACCAGUUCCACAACCGGCCGGACCUCGUCGCCGCCGACGGCAAGACGACGCUCCGCGACUGCAUCAUGAUGGCGUCGAACGGCGAGAAGAUCCCGCCGGAGAUGGACGUCGCGCCCGACAGCAACAAGUGCGUCGAGAUCUCGACGCGGUCGUCCGUGCGCGAGAUGGUCGCGCCGGGCGCCUACGCGAUCCUCGCGCCCCUCUUCGUCGGCUUCCUCGUCGGCCCGGCCUGCCUCGUGGGCAUGCUCUCCGGCGCGAUCUGCUCCGGCGCCAUGGUCGCGAUCAUGAUGUCGAACGCGGGCGGCGCGUGGGACAACUCGAAGAAGUUCUGCGAGAAGGACGGCACCAAGGGCCUGUCGAAGAAGAAGAACGCCGACGGCUCCCACAAGUUCCCGGCGAAGAAAGCCCACUACGACGCCUGCGUCGUCGGCGACACCGUCGGCGACCCGUUCAAGGACACGUCGGGCCCCGCGCUCAACAUCCUCAUCAAGCUCAUGUCCAUGGUGUCGCUCACCGUCGCGCCCCUCCUCAAGGCCUACCACAAGAACUGGGACCACUACCACUGGGGCUUCAUCCCCUUCGGCCUCUUCGUCAUCGUCACCUACGCGCUCGUGAAGAACAACAUCCUCACGUGGCAGGACCCCAUCCAGGCCCUCCUCGAGAAGGGCGCCGACCAGGCGGACGAGGAGACGGGCGCGCUCCUGCCCCCGAAGGAGGUCGAGCUCCCGGAGAAGACGGGCCCCGAGCAGGUCGCCGUCGUCGCCUAG